UAUAGAUCGGCGGGCCAUUCCAGGUACGUGUAGUUUAUAGUUCAUUGGUUGCAAUAUAACACUUUUUGAAAGGAAUGAGCGCGUAACGCCCCGGAGCUGUUCCGGUGCUCCUCCUAGGUGUGAAAAGAAUACGCCCUCCCACACCACUCAUUCCACAUCCAUUUCCCAUUCCUUCCAUCAAACAAAAACAUGUCACCGUCACCCAAGCAGCAAAAAGAGACCCCUCCUAAGAACCGCGAACCAAUUUUUAAUUAAAAAUAAAUUAAUUCAGCAAUUAAAUCACCGUGCACGUCCGCAAUAAAGAAAGUUUCAAAGUGUUUCUAGUGUUUAAGUUCACUCGUGUUCGUUUCAAACAAAAAACAAUGAGGACAAUCUCAACUUUAAUAUAGGACUAUAAUGUUAAAUGUAAACAACAUUUAAAAAGCUGUUGAAUGUGGGCGUACCUGUGUUAAAGGUCUUUGAAUUAUUUUCCGCGGAUUAGAAGGUGAAUUAUGGCUAAUUCGGUUAAUGAUGAUACUGUUUCCGAGUGUUCAGAGGCUAGCACAUUAGUUGACGGGUCUGUGAUAUCAACUGUGCCUGAUAGACAUGGAUUUUUGGGUGGUUCGCAGUAUUCUCCAGAACCCAGACAAGGUCCGCCACCUGAGACAGUAUUACGGCGAGAAAGAAAAUGGUUAAAGAUGUUGAGUACAUGGAACUUUUACAUGGAAAGAAAUUAUAGGAAAGUCAAGGAAAGAUGUCGAAAAGGAAUCCCAAUGUCGAUACGUCCUAGAGCCUGGCUUUAUCUCUGCGGGGGGCAAAUUCUCAUGGAAAAACAUCUAGGUCACUAUGAGGAUUGUCUCAGAGCAGAUGGAGAUGUUAAAUGUUUAGAUGACAUCAGGAAAGAUAUUCAUAGGCAGUUUCCUACACAUGAGAUGUUUAAUUCUGAAGACAAACCAGGUCAACAUGAAUUAUUCAACGUCCUUAAAGCAUACACAGUCCACAAUCCUGAUAUUGGUUAUUGUCAAGCUCAAGCUCCUGUGGCAGCUUUUCUAUUAAUGCACAUGCCCUCUGAACAAGCUUUUUGGUGUCUAGUCUCUAUAUCCGAUAAAUAUCUGCAAGAUUAUUAUUCACCCGAUAUGGAAGUUGUACAAAGAGAUGGAUUUAUUCUACAAGGUUUAUUGAAGAAGGUGUGUCCUCAAGUCUACAGACACUUGAAAAAAGUCAGUGCAGAACCAAUGUUUUAUUGUACAGAAUGGUUUUUGUGUGCCUUCACUAGAACACUACCCUGGGACACUUUGUUGAGGGUGUGGGAUGUGUUUCUAUGCGAAGGAGUCAAGGUUUUAUUUAAAACUGCUCUUGUGAUAAUGAUUGGAUGUCUUGGGACUGCUAAAAGUAGAAAAAAUUGUCCAGGUUUGUGUGAGACUCUAGCGAGACUACGAAACCCGCCGGAAGAAAUCCUCAACGAAGAUAAUCUUAUUUAUAACAUAAGCAGGCUCGAUUUGUCAGAAAGAGACUUCCAAAUUGAACAUCAAAGACAAACGAGGAAAAUUAAACUGGACAAAUUGGCCAAAGCUAAUGGGGAUGAGAGCAGAUAGAAAUUAAAGUGAAUGAUGAGUGUUUUCGAAAAUCAUUCUGUAUAUUGAAUCGUCACUGUUUUCCUUAUGCGUUGGGACACUAUGUAAGGAUCUUUUUGCCUCUUUUGGCUCAAAUUAUUGUUGUUAACCAAGAAAAAAUCAGUAUUUGAAAGGUAUUUUGUACAGUCACAGAAUUUUAAUGUAAAAAGAUAUAAACAUUUUUCUAUCAAUUAUAUUGUUGGAUCGAUUUAAAAAUUACAUACUAAUCUAAGCAGCUCGUUGGUAAGACUUAUUUUUUGUGCAUUUAUAAUUUAGAUUAAAUUUUAAUCGUAUUUAUUGGUUUUGUGCGCUACUUUUGUGAAGUGAUCAACUCUACAAAAUCUCCAUAGCGUUUUGUUGCAAUGUUUAUUUAUAAAAAUAAUAUAUAUCAUUAAAUAAGGGUUUUUUUUGUGCACAUCUCUAGUCUAAAGUGCAAAUAUUUUUUGUUUUACACUUAAUUUUUAUGUAUCUUUUUCAUGGGGAUCUAAUCCUUGUUUGCUUACAUUUGGUUGGUGUGCUUCCAAAAUAAAAAUUUGAGUUAGGAAAUUCAAUUUAAUAGGUAUAACAAGCAUUUAAUUUUUUAUACAAGUUUACAUCACAUAUUUUCCAGACUUGAGUUUUUGAAACGUUUUUUUUGUAUCUCCGAAUAUUUUAAAUAAGUUUUGAAAUAAUAUGAAAAUGUUAAUUAAUUUGGAAUAAUAAAGAAAUAUUUGACCUUUAUUUUUU